AUGAGAAUUAUACGCUUGCUGGCAACGUUGCUGCUUGUCUACAUCGCUGUGGACAUGUCCUGGGCAGCGCCGUCUCCUGCUGUGUUCCCUUUAUUACGCGACGACGAUGCCCCGAGCGGCAAAAUCACUGAUCUCACAAGCGAGGAGGAAGAGAAAGAAUUCAGCGUGCGUGUGCUGCAGCCCUCAUCGAAACAGUGUGGCUUACGGCUAAACGACUGGGCAGAAAUACGAGUGCGAUCUUUCGGUACGUCAUUGGUCAAGCUGCGGCAAAUUGAGAACAAGGAAUUCGGGCAUGCUUUGCAGGGGUUCGAGGUCGGGAAACACAAUGUGAUCCCAUUAAACAGAGGGAUCAUCGGCAUGUGUGUAGGCGAAACUAGAAGGGUCGGGAUCAAAAUUGGGAACAUGGGCGAAAUUUUCUACGAGGUCACACUGGAAAACUUCAAGAGAGUGCACCGGAAAGUUCCCAACAAGAACGACGAACUUUGA